ACGAGAGCGUAACGGAGACGGUUGUGCUUUUUUUCCUGCUGAAGCCCCCCCGGAAUUUUGUAGGCAGUGUUCCUUGGUUUAUUUAUUUAGUUAUUUGUUUUUUUACUCUGUUCCUCUCCUGUGUAUGACCGACGGGUUUACCUGUGUGUCGAAGUAGACGGAUUUCCAUCGUGUGCUCCCCCACCCCACGCGGGUGGUUCAAUCCUGUUGCUGCUGUCGUUUGUGCCCUCAGUGAGUCGUUUUUUUUUUCUGUUUCGUUCGCUUCUCAACCUCUGUGGUGAGUGUUAGUGCGCAAAAAGUGGCUUGCGCGGAGUGAGAAAGUGAGGUACAACCUCAAGUACGUACAUUAGAGUAUCGUUAUUACGGCUGCUACUGUUGUGCCGUGCUACUGGUGGUGUUAGUAUCAAACGACGACUAACACGGUAGAUUCGAUUACUAUCUUUCACGGCGGGACACACAUUCGCGGGACAAAUUCAGAUAUUAAUCUCUUCUUUGGCUGCGUUGACGUUCGCGUAGUUUGAUGCUGUUGCGUUUCGUUUUUCUUUCUCCGUAAUUCAACGCCUGCUUAUUUCUUUCUGCUUUAACACAGUCACAGAUCGACGUGACGCGUGAAAAAAAGAGAAGUGAUUCGUGCAAUUGUUGGGCCCCCAAAGAAGACGACGCGCAAAUAGUGGAAGGGUAGAAGAAAAAAAAACACGAAGAAAGGCAAUCACGAAGUUGAUGAACACUCUUUUUCGGGACGGGACUGGACCCCAACUCUGAAGUGAAGUGAAGUGAAGGGAAGACCGACCGAAGGCACUUUCUCAGGUGCCCGUGGCACUGUGGUGUAUGUGUGACCGGUUUCGGUGCUAAAUUGACGAAGAAUCGUACCCAAAUGGAUAUGUUCUGCUGUGGCGAUCAGUGUCUCUAACAAACAAAUUUUUCGACUUUCGCGGAUUAUCAAUUGGAGUAGAAACUACAACUGAGCAGGGGAGUUAGAACUGGAACUCCGACAACGAGUUGACGCUCACAGCGAAUCGAACACAGCAAAAAAAAGCACCGAAAUCGACGGCGAAACUUUUCACGGCCACAUGCCAAUCCCGCGGGAAAACCCGGACAACUCGUCAAGAUUUCUGCGCUAUUGUUGUUAUUAUUAUUAAUGUUAUUGUAGUAUUGUUAUUUGACCUCAACCACAGAUGAAUUCGCUGGAAACCACCCGGCGCGACCCUUCUUGUUCUUCUGCGCGAUUUGGACGUCUCUGAGACGACGAAGACGACGAUGAUCACGGAAUUCCCGGGAAUAAGCCGUUGUUGUUAGACUAUGCGUUAGAAUCGUGCUGGAAAAAAACGGCAACAAUCUCGUGUUUGUAGUGGUAGGAGAAGAGGGGAAAAAAGAGUAUAAAAGUUGACCAAGGUGAACCCCUGCUGGAUAGUUGGAGGAGUUCACCAACAGAGAGUGAGAGAAAAAAAAAGUUGUAUCGAUCGAUCGAUUGAUCACGAUCGCUGCACGGUGUGCCUUUGUCUUAGGGUUGUUUUUUUUUUGUUUUGUAGUGGUGGUGAAGAUCUUCCGGGAAGAAAAAGAAGAAGAAGAAGCAGUUGAUGAAAAUUGAAAGUCACUCCCCGCUGCUCUCAGUGCCGGUUGUGUAGUGUUGUUGUAAAGUGCACACAGAAGCGCACAAUAAGGAAGGAAUGCUGCAAGGCAAGCCGGCACCAAUUUUGUGAUCUUCUGCGGUCAGGUCGCCGCCGCGUGCAUAGUGGAGUUAUAAUUCCAAGUAAUCAAACCAUCGAUCGAGCGAUCAAAGUGCGUGAUCUGUGUUUUUUUGUGACCUUGUGCGAAACAGAAAAAAAAACAACCAACGGACAGCGCUGUACGGAACUUGUUCCUUGGAACGGAGAGGGGUACCACAGUGGACGCCCCUCGGUGUCGACGCUGACUCUGGCUGGCUAGCUAGUGUUCAUUAUGGGGACGCAAAGCGGGAGACUAAAGGAUCACGAUCGAUGGAAAGCAGCAGCAGUGUCCUCCUCCGGUCUCGCUCGGGUUGUCCCGCCGGUGCUGCUGACCGGCUGGUUCUACCUGCUGGUGGUGGCUACGGUUACGACCUCUACGGUUCGCGCAGAGUCCAAAAUAGAGUUAGGUGGAAGUAUAUUUAGGAAUGAAACCGACGUGCCAUGUCCUUCGGGGACGUUUCGAUGUUCGGAGGGGAAGUGUAUCCCCCAGACAUCGGUGUGUAACUAUCAGAAGGACUGCGAGAAGGGCGAGGACGAAUUCAAUCACUGUCCUCCCCCGGAAUGCGAGCAGGGCCAGAUAAGCUGUGGCCAGUACGUGUUCAACAAGACGUACUGCAUACCGCCGCACUACAAGUGCGACAUGACGGUGGACUGUGUGGACGGAACGGACGAAUCCGACUGCACAUACCGCAAGUGUCAGUCGGAUGACAUUCACUGUGGGGCGCCCGUGCAGGCCGUCUCGAUAAAUGGCCGCGUUGCGGACAUUUGUGUGCCAAAGGAGAAAAAGUGCGACGGCUAUCUGGACUGUCGGACCGGGGUGGACGAGGCCGGCUGCCCGGGAAUGGCCUGCCGGCUGGACCAGUUCCGGUGCGCCAACGGGCUGCGCUGUAUCGACACGGCGCUCAAGUGUAACCACAAGAAUGACUGCGGCGACAACUCGGACGAGCAGAACUGCAAUUUCCCCCCGUGCCACGGUGGCCAGUUCCGCUGCACGAAUUCGCUCUGCAUUCCGGCGACCUUCCACUGCGACGGUUAUCACGACUGCUCGGAUGAAAGUGAUGAGGCCAACUGUACGGCGAUUGCCUGUCCGGACAACAAGUUCCUAUGUCCGCGGGGUGGCCCCAACGGGCAACCGAAGUGUAUCGACAAAACGAAACUGUGCGACAACAAGCGGGACUGCGAGGAUGGAACCGACGAAGAAACGGCUUGCUCGACCGCUUCCUGUCCGGCGUUGGUGUGUGAGCACAAAUGUGGACCCUCGCUUACCGGUGGGGUAUGCUACUGUCCACCCGGGCGAACUCUAUCACCAGACAACCGAACCUGCAGCGAUUUGGACGAGUGCAACGUGUGGGGACACUGCGAUCAGUUGUGCACCAACACGGACGGAUCGUUCGCUUGUGCCUGUGCCAACGGGUACACACUGAUGGACAAGUCACGCUGUGUGGCCCCAACGGCAUCCCAUCUGGAGCUUGUGUUCGCCUACGACCGGGCGAUCGUACGAAUGAGCUCACACGGUCAGGACUUCCGAACGAUCGCUAAUGCUACCGGAGCGAGCGGUCUGUCCUAUCAUUACGGAAAGAAUUUGCUCUUCUGGUCGGACAUCAAAACUCGCAAAGUGCAAUCCCAGGUGCUGAUGGAUGGUGGCUAUGGGGGACAUGAUUUUACCCUGCCAGGAACGUGGGCUCCGGUAGCGAUCGCGAUCGAUUGGAUUGGUGAUAAGUUGUACGUUGCGGAUUUGGUGGGCCAAAAGGUGGACGUUUUCGAGCUGGACGGACGGUGGCAUGCCGUCGUGUUGGGUUCCAAUCUAACCAGUCCGGCAGAUUUGGCACUGGAUCCGACCUCCGGUUUGAUGUUCGUCGCAGACGGUAGCCACGUACUGCGUGCUCACAUGGACGGAACCCAUACGAAGUCGAUCGUAUCGGAGGCCGCUUACAAAGCUUCCGGAGUGGCGGUUGAUGUGAUAGCGAAGCGUGUCUUUUGGUGUGAUUCCUUGCUAGACUACAUUGAAUCGGUUAACUACGAUGGUCAGUACCGGGUGAUGAUCCUCCGGGGUCAGCAGGUUCCCAGCCCGUCUCGGUUGGCACUUUUCGAGAACCGCGUAUUCUGGACGGAUGCCACCAAGCAGGGCAUUAUGUCGGUGGAUAAGUUUGAAGGCUCCUCCAGCAUUCAGUCGAUUUUCAAAGCGAAGGACAUUCGAGAACCCAAAGCGAUCAUCACCGUGCAUUCUCUUACCCAACCGAAGGUUUCCAACCCUUGUGGAAGUAAUAACGGAGGCUGCUCGCAGAUGUGCGUGGUGACUGCGGUCCAAGGAGCGCCUUCCGGGCUCGGCUAUCGAUGCGCUUGUCACACCGGUUGGCAGCUGUCGAAGGAUCUGAUGAAUUGCCACCUGGUGCGACAGUUCCUGAUGUACUCCCAGCAGCGCUUCAUCAAGGGAAAAGUAUUGGAUCCUGUGAUCGAAGGUUUCAGCGACGCAAUCCUACCGGUCGUUUCCCGUCGAGCUCGCUUUGUCGGGCUGGACUUUGACGUUGUUGACGAACACAUCUACUACUCUGACGUCCUGCAGGACGUGAUCUACAGGGUUCAUCGCAACGGAACUGGUCGAGAAAUCGUCCUGGCUUCCCAGAACGAAGGCGUCGAAGGACUGGCGGUUGAUUGGGUGUCCAAGAAUCUGUACUAUAUCGACAGUCGCAAGGGAACGUUGAAUGUCCUGUCCACACGAACUGUCAGCUAUCGGAGGACUCUGCUGAAGAACCUGAAGCGUCCACGCGCGAUCGUUGUUCAUCCGAACAAAGGCUUCAUCUACUUCUCCGAGUGGGAUCGGCCGGCCAACAUCAGCCGUGCCAAUUCCGAUGGUUCAGGAUUGAUGGUUUUUAAGAACGUAACCCUCGGAUGGCCAAACGGGUUGUCGAUCGAUUUCAAGGAAGAUCGUGUCUACUGGUGUGACGCUCUACUGGACCACGUGCAACACUCGAACCUAGACGGAACGGACGUACGGACCGUUAACUCGCGGCUCAUCCGGCAUCCAUUUUCGAUCGUUAUCCACGACGAGUGGAUGUACAUCACCGAUUGGCGGUUGGAUGCGAUCGUGCGACUGAACAAACUAACCGGCGAGCAGGAGGAAAUUAUGGUACGUGAACCGCAAACGAAUCGGCUGUACGGCGUGAAAGUAUACAGCCGGGCGAUUCAAACGAUCGAGGGAACGCAACCGUGCGGAAUCAAUAAUGGCGGUUGCGAGAAGCUGUGCUUCGCAGUUCCACGGAACAAUUCGGAUGGGUUGACGGUCAAGUGUGGCUGCCCGUACGGUGAGCGACUUGGUGAUGAUGGAAGAAGCUGCUUUGCGGAUCCGAACGCGGAACCACCGGUACAGUCGUGUCCGAACACGUGGGAUUUCACUUGCAACAACCAGCGGUGCAUUCCGAAGAGUUGGAUUUGUGAUGGCGAUGAUGAUUGUCUGGACAACAGCGACGAGGAGCAGAACUGUACAAAGCCAACCUGCGGCACGAACGAGUUCCAGUGCAAGUCGGGUCGGUGCAUUCCGCUGAACUUCCGGUGCGACCACGAGAACGAUUGCGGCGACCAUUCGGACGAGUUCGAGUGCGGCAAUGUGACCUGCGCGGCGUCUCAAUUUGCGUGCGAGAACGGACGCUGCAUUCCGAACAUCUGGAAGUGCGAUAGUGAGAACGACUGCGGCGACGGAUCGGAUGAGGGUGAUUUCUGUGCGGAGAAAACGUGCGCCUACUUCCAGUUUACGUGUCCACGAACGGGACAUUGUAUUCCGCAAAGUUGGGUUUGCGAUGGGGAUGACGAUUGCUUUGAUAAGCAGGACGAGAAGGAUUGUCCGCCGAUUACGUGUCUGGCGAAUCAGUUUAAGUGUAAUGAUUUGAGGCAAUGCGUGGAGGAGACGUACAAGUGCGAUGGAAUUCCGGAUUGCAAUGACGGGAGCGAUGAGUUGGGCUGCCCGACGAUGGAACCGAAUCAGUGUAAUUUGGAGAAGCACUUCCGGUGUAAAUCGUCCGGGGUGUGCAUUCCGGUUGCUUGGCAUUGUGAUGGGUCUAAUGAUUGUGAGGAUCAUUCGGAUGAGGAAGAGUGCGGCAAGAUUACGUGUCCGAAUAAUUUCUACAAAUGUAAGAACUCCAAGUGUGUCUAUAAGUCGUACAUUUGUGAUGGUAAGGAUGAUUGUGGGGAUAAUUCGGACGAGGGAGUCGAGCAUGCUUGUGUUACACCGCCGGCGCGGUGUCCGCACGGACAGUGGGCUUGUCCGGGUAUUACGGGACGUUGUGUUAAUCUUACCUCGGUUUGUGAUGAUGUUGAAGACUGCCCUAAUGGAGCCGAUGAAGGGUUGGGAUGUGAUUUGGCACAAUGUCAGCAUCAAUCGGGGCUGUGCUCGAAUGGUUGCCAAAAAACUCCCCUCGGUGCUUUGUGUAUUUGUCCUCCUGGGGAGGAACUUGCUCCGGAUAAUUUCACCUGUAAAGAUCUGAACGAGUGCGAUCCUCCGGGACUGUGCUCCCAGAUUUGUACCAACACCAAGGGAUCGUACUUCUGUUCGUGUAAGGAUGGCUACAUUUUGGAACCCAACAAACACACUUGUAAGGCGGUGAAUCAUUCGUCGGCGUUCCUGAUCAUCUCCAACCGUCACUCGAUCUUGGUGGCGGAUCUGAACGAACAGGGUCUAGAGCGGGUACCGAUUAUCGUGGAGAAUGUUGUGGCAACCGCUUCGAACAUGCACACUGGAACGAUCUUCUGGAGUGAUAUGAAACUGAAAAAGAUCUCCCGGCUGGAUCGGGGUCAGGAGCCGCAGGAGAUCAUCUCUACGGGGUUGGAUCUUGUGGAAGGUUUAGCCUACGAUUGGAUUGGACAAAAUCUGUAUUGGUUGGAUAGUAAACUGAACACGAUCGAGGUGUGCAACGAGAAUGGUUCUAAUCGGUUGGUGUUGGUAAGAGAAAACAUCACUCAGCCUCGCGGAAUGUGUCUCGAUCCAAGCCCCAACGCUAAGUGGCUCUUCUGGACCGACUGGGGAGAGAAUCCGCGCAUCGAACGUAUCGGCAUGGACGGAACAAUGCGCGAAACCAUCAUCAACACCAAAAUCUACUGGCCCAAUGGACUCACGCUGGACAUCGCAACGCAGCGAGUUUACUUCGCCGACUCGAAGCUAGAUUUCAUCGAUUUCUGCUACUACAACGGAACAGGUCGCCAACAGGUGCUGGCAGCUAGUCACUAUCUACUGCACGCGCACUCGUUGUCACUCUUCGAGGACACCCUCUACUGGACGGAUCGACAGCUGAAUCGAGUUCUGUCGGCGAACAAAUUCCGCGGCACCAAUCAAACCGUUGUGAGUCAUCUGAUUUCGCAACCCCUGUCGAUCCACGUGCAUCAUCCGUCGCUGCAGCCCAUGUACGAGAGCCCGUGCAAGACGGCCACCUGUCAGCACAUGUGUCUGCUCAGUCCCUCGGAGAAAUCGGGCUUCUCGUGCAAGUGUAAACCGGGCUACAAGCUGGUUUCGAACGAUCGCUGCGUUGAGGAAGAGAAUGCCUAUUUGAUGGUGCUGAAGGGCAACCAAAUUGUGGACGUUCCCUUCAAUGGGGGGGAUGUGCGAGCGGGCAGCUUGAUUCCGGUGGUUGGUAUCGAUAGUGGAAUUAGUUUGGACUAUGAUCGGAAGGGUGAGACGCUGUUCUGGGUGCAGGGUAAGGAGGAUGACGAUGAGAAUUGUACUAUUUUUACGAGUCCUUACGGAGGUGGAAAUAAGACGGAGUUUUUGGGGCUGGAUAAUGGUCUGGUAGGAGCUGCGUACACGAUUGCUUUCGAUUGGAUUGGAAGGAAUCUGUUUAUCGGUAAUCGGGUGGCUAGUAAUAUCGAAGCUAUCAACGUGGAUGGUAAGGUUAAGUAUCGAACGAUUGUUCUGGUUAACGAUGGCAACAAGACUUCGGUUUCCAAGCCAAAGCAAAUCGCACUGGAUCCCGCUAAUGGAAAGUUAUUCUGGAUCGAUGAGGGUGGUUUCGGGGUACCGACGAAGGUCGCCAUGGCGAACAUGGAUGGAUCGGAGCCGUCCAUCCUGGAUGAUACGAUUCAAUAUCCGGAAGCGAUAACCGUUGACACAGAAAAGCGCAUGGUUUACUACAGCUCCCAGUACCCACCGACGAUUAUGUCGAUCGAUUAUGAUAAGAACAACAAGAAAACCAUCCUCAGCGAGGAGCACUCGAUCUCCAAACCGAGAGGUUUGGGUGUGCUGGAAUCGCGACUGUACUUCAUGGAUCCAACGUACGAGAAGGUCGUGCGGGUUGAUCUCCCGAAUGGAGAUAACGCGAAAACCAUUUUGGACAAUGAACCAGACUUGAAGAACAUGAUCAUUUACAAGAAGCGGUCGAUGCUGCAGCAUCCGUGUACGAUGAGCAACGGCGGUUGCGAGCACAUCUGCAUCCCUCACAAGAACAGCGCUCGGGUUUGUGCUUGCGGAAUCGGCUAUAAGAAGGAAAAUGAGGUGGCAUGUACUCCGUACAAGACGUUCGCCGUGGUCUCCCAACUCGAUAUGACGCGAGGAUACAGUUUGAAGGACACUUCAGAAGCUAUGGUACCAAUCACUGGACCUGGCCAUCACAUCCUGCACGUUGACAUCCUCUACCGGGAGUCAUGGAUCUACUGGGUGGAGUACAAUCGAGGUCACUGGAAUGGAAUCUUCCGCAUUCGCCCGAACGGUACCGAGCUACAGAGCAUAAUAAAGGAUGGCAUCGGAAGCAACGGUAUCCGGGGAGUCGCAAUCGAUUGGGUGGCAGGAAACAUGUACUUCACCAAUGUGUUCCCCCAUGAAAACUACGUCGAGGUGAGUUGGCUUGAUGGAACCCAUCGAAAGAUCAUCGUAAAGACCACCAACGACGCUCCACGUGAAUUGGCAGUCAAUCCCAUUAAACGCCUCCUGUACUGGAUCGAUUACGGGCAGUACCCUCGCAUCGGUAAAUGUUACCUGGACGGGUCCAACUGGACCCCGGUUGUGACAUCGGGAAUCUCAAAUCCGCGCGAUCUCACCGUCGACAUGCUAACUCACGACGUCUACUGGGUAGACUCCAAGCUGGACAUGAUCCAGAAGGUGUCCUACACGGGCGGAAACCGCCAAGUAAUUCGGCGCAAUUUAGCCAACCCAAUGGCGAUCGCUGUAUUCCUAACCGAAAUCUACUGGGUCGAUCGUAACCUGCUAACGGUAUUCAAAGCAUCUAAAUUCCCCGGUAAUACAACCCUACCGGACAAAGUCCGGACAAACCUGCAAAAACUGCGCGAUAUCGCCAUCUACGACAUCAACAACCAACCGAUGGAUGACAACAACCCCUGCCUGCGACUUGGAAACGGAGGCUGCGAUCAGUUGUGCUUCAGCUUCCCGCCAGAGUACAAUCAAAAACCUAGCUUCAAGUGUGACUGCGCCGUCGGACGACUGUUCAGCGAUGGCCGUACCUGCGUCCUAACGGACGAAUACGUAGUGUUCUCUACCCGGACGGAGAUCCGAGCGAUCGAGUUAGACCACACCUCCACGAACGUUCCGUUCGCCCCGGUGGUUAACCUAACCAACGUCGUUGGACUGGACUUCGACUACGCAGACAAUAAACUAUUCUUCACCCAAAUUCGCCCUUGGGCGAAGAUCGCCUACAUGCAGGGAGACAAACCGGAUGCGGCCAGUAUAACGCCAGUAAUCACUCGAGGCAUCAAUCCCGAAGGGAUUGCCUACGAUUGGACUCAGAAGAAGAUCUACUGGACGGACAGUUCAAACAAUUCGAUCUACGCAAUGAACUUGGACGGCUCUGAUCUAGUAAUGAUCUCCCGAGUGGAGCGACCGCGUGCGAUCGUACUGGACCCCUGCAAUGGUACGUUGUACUUCACCGACUGGGGUCGCUUCGGAACGUCCGGCAAAAUCUUCCGAACCACAAUGGCAGGCUCACUAAAGCGUGCCAUCAUCGAUAAAGACCUUUCCCAACCGAGUGGCCUAGCGAUCGACUACGACGAUCGAAUGCUCUACUGGACGGAUGCCGUGCGUGAGAAAAUUGAACGAUCCCGACUGGACGGAAAGAACCGCGAGGUUCUGGUGUCCGCAACAAUCUAUCCGUUCGCGAUCACCGUCUUCCGCAACUACAUCUACUGGACGGAUCUACAGCUGCGAGGUGUCUACCGAGCGGAGAAGCACACCGGAGCCAACAUGGUCGAAAUGGUUAAACGACUGGAGGAUUCGCCUCGCGACAUCCACGUGUACAGCCACAGCCGACAGCAGUGCCAGGCGAAUCCGUGUCUACAGAACAACGGUGGCUGUGCCCAGAGCUGUCAUCCAGGUUUGAACGGAAAGGCAGAGUGCAAAUGUGACGACUCAACAAAACCCGUCAACGAAGGGCGCAUGUGCGCCCCGAAGAACCACACCUGCGAUUCGAGUAAAUUCUACUGCCAGAACGGAAAGUGUAUCUCGCGGAUGUGGUCCUGCGAUGGUGAUGACGAUUGCGGUGAUAACUCCGACGAGGACGUCAACUAUUGCGCUUUCCAUUCGUGUGGACCGAACGAGUUCCGCUGUAACAACGGCCGCUGCAUCUUCAAGUCGUGGAAGUGUGAUCAUGAAAACGAUUGCAAGGAUGGAUCGGACGAAGAGAACUGCUCGUAUCCACCGUGUAUUGACGGUGAGUUUACUUGCCUUAAUGGACGAUGCAUUCCGCAGAGUCAGGUGUGCAACGGGGUUAACGACUGUAAGGAUAACGCCACUUCGGACGAAACGCACGAACGAUGCCCGAAGAAUACCACCUGUCCGGCGAACCACUUGAAGUGUGACAAGACGAAUAUUUGUGUGGAACCCUACUGGUUGUGCGAUGGGGAUAACGAUUGCGGGGAUAACUCCGAUGAGGAUCCGUUGCACUGUGCACAGCGGACUUGUCCGCAGAACAGCUUCCGCUGUCCGAAUCAUCGCUGCAUUCCGGCUACUUGGUAUUGCGAUGGGGAUGAUGAUUGCGGUGAUGGAGCAGAUGAACCACCGGAAUAUUGCAAGUCCGAAGGUCGGACGUGCUUCGGUGAUCUGUUUACGUGCGAUAAUGGCAACUGCAUUCCACGGAUUUACAUCUGCGAUGGGGAUAAUGAUUGUUUGGACAACAGUGACGAAGAUAAUCGGCAUCAGUGUAAUGAUCGCAAGUGCGAUGAGGAAACGGAGUUCACUUGUCAGGAGAAUAAGGCUUGGGCUAGGGCUCAGUGCAUUCCGAAGAAGUGGAUCUGCGAUGGUGAUCCGGAUUGUGUGGAUGGUGCUGAUGAGAAUACUACGCUGCACAAUUGUCCCACACCGCAACCGUGCGGCGAGGAUCAGUUCACGUGUGCUAACGGAAGAUGUAUCAAUCAGGGAUGGGUUUGCGAUCACGACAACGACUGCGGUGAUGGUUCGGAUGAGGGUAAGAAUUGCAACAGCCAGUACAAGACCUGCUCGACGCAAGAGUUCACUUGUCAGAACUUCAAAUGCAUCCGCAACCAGUACCGCUGCGAUGGGGAAGACGACUGCGGCGAUCACUCGGACGAGGUUGGAUGCACGAAGGAGAACAACACCUGUCCGGAGGGUAAAUUUACCUGCCAGAGCGGGCAGUGCAUCGACUAUCAGCUGGUGUGUAACAAAGUUCCCGACUGUUCGGACGAAUCGGACGAACCGCUGCACUGUAAUGUGGACGAGUGCGCCAAGGUGGAAAUCCAUCGGUGUGGCCACAAGUGUGUGGAUACGCUGACCGGGUAUUACUGCGAUUGUAAUCAAGGAUACAAACUACUGGAGGACGGCAAAGCAUGCGCCGACAUCGAUGAGUGCAUCGAGACGCCGGGCGUCUGCUCGCAGCAUUGUUCCAACACUCCCGGCGGGUUCUACUGCAAGUGUGACGAACGGUACUACGAGCGGCAGAAUGAUGAGCACACGUGCAAGCGCAAGGACGCGAUCGAACCGUGGUUGAUCUUCAGCAAUAAGUACUACGUGCGGAACAUGUCGGUCGACGGGCGGCAGUACAAUCUGAUUCAUCAGGACCUGAUGAACGUGGUGGCGAUCGAUUUCGACUACCAGGAGCAGGAGAUGUACUUCUGCGAUGUGACGGCCAAGACGAUCUUCAAGUCGCAGUUCAGUUCGGUGCGUAAGGAUGUGAAGAUCGAGAAGAUUCCGGUGGUCAAGCACGACUCGCACGGGCUGGAGGGUAUCGCUAUCGAUUGGGUUGGCAGGAAGUUGUAUUGGUUGGAUAGGCACUCGAAGAAUUUGGAUGUGGCGGAGCUGGAUGGAACGAAGCGGAAAACGCUGAAGAGUGGCGUUGUCGAUCCGCGAGCGAUUGUUGUGCAUCCUGGCAUUGGGUAUCUGUACUUUACAUCGUGGCAUCUGCAGUCCUACAUCGCUAAAAUGGGUAUGGAUGGUUCCAACUUUACUCGAAUUCUAACAUGGGAAGAUGAUAUUGCAUGGCCGAACGCGUUGACGAUCGACUAUUUCACCGAUCGCAUCUACUGGGCGGAUGCUCAUUUGGACUAUAUAGCAUUCGCGGAUCUGGAGGGACGUCAUCGGCAUGUGGUGCUGUCCGGGAACAAGGUUCCCCACAUUUUUGCUUUGUCGAUAUUCGAUGACAUGCUCUACUGGACGGAUUGGAAUUUGAAGGCGAUCAUUCGGGCGAACAAGUUCACCGGUCAAAACUUUACCGUGAUUCGAAAUACGACCCAUCGGCCGUAUGAUGUGCAUAUUAGUCAUCCACUGCGUCAGCUGCCGUACUCGAAUCCCUGUGGAACUACCAAUGGUGGAUGUACGCAUCUUUGCUUGCUGGCGCCUCCUCUGGAGUCGACUUAUUUGAACGUUGAGGGUUACAUUGAGGAGGGAGCUCCAAGCUACAAGUGCGCCUGUCCGAAUCAGUUUUAUCUUGCUCGGGAUAUGAAGACGUGUAUCGCAAACUGUACUACCGGGCAGCACCGCUGCGGUGGCAUGGACGAGAAGUGUAUUCCGUGGUUCUGGAAAUGUGAUGGCGAGCCGGAUUGUAAGGACAAAUCGGACGAACCGGAAUCGUGUCCGGCACGGCAUUGUCGGGCGGGAACGUUCCAGUGUGGAAAUGGAAAUUGUACACCGUCGACGACGAUCUGCGAUGGGACGGACGACUGCGGUGAUGGUAGUGACGAGCAGAACUGCGAUCUGCCUUGUCCGGUUUCGGACUUUAAGUGUCGCUCGAGCGGACGCUGUAUUCUGGACAGCUGGAAGUGUGAUGGUGAUGCGGACUGUAAGGACGGCAGUGAUGAGGAUCCGGAAAUAUGUCACAAACGCGCCUGCGAUCCGGAAACCGAAUUCAGCUGCAAGAAUGGACGUUGCAUUCCGAAGCUGUGGAUGUGUGACUUCGACAACGACUGUGGUGAUGAUUCGGACGAACCGGCUUACAUGUGUCGGCAGAGGAACUGCACUACCGGCUGGUCGCGCUGUCCGGGACAGUCCAACUAUCGGUGCAUUCCGAAGUGGUUGUUCUGCGACGGUAAGGACGACUGCCGAGACAACAGCGAUGAACUGCCGGAGAACUGUCCGAAGUGUAACACGGAAACGGACUUCAAGUGCAACAACAACCGGUGCAUUCCAAAACAGUGGAUGUGCGAUUUCGCCGACGAUUGCGGUGACGGCAGCGACGAAACGGAAGCGCAAUGUAAGGGCAAGUUCCGCGAGUGCUCGGAGUCGGAGUUCCGCUGUGGCAAUGGAAAGUGCAUUUCUUCUCGCUGGCGGUGCGAUCAUGAGGACGACUGUGGCGACAAUAGUGACGAGUUCAACUGCGAAGGCUUCCAGUGUAAGAACGGAACGUUCCAGUGUACCUCCGGGCACUGUAUUGCUUCGUACUUCCGGUGCGAUGGUGAUCGCGAUUGUCGCGAUAUGUCGGAUGAGAUUGGCUGUCCACCGCGGUAUCCGGGUGGACGGUACUGUCCGGAGUCGCGCUUCCAGUGUGCUAACAAUCUUUGCGUUUCGCCGUCGGAUCUGUGCGAUGGAACGGAUGAUUGCGGUGAUAAUUCCGACGAGGCGGCUUCGGUGUGUACGAACUUUACCUGUGAUACGCUGCGGAGGUUCCAGUGUGCGAACCACCGGUGCGUGGCGCGUUACCAGACUUGUGACGGCGUUGACAACUGCGGUGAUGGUUCGGAUGAGAACAAUAUGACGCUGUGUGCGGCGAGGGUGAAGCCGUGUGAUCUUUACACGCAGUAUCAGUGUGCGAACAAGAAGUGCAUCGAUCGGACGCAGAUUUGCGAUUAUGCUGAUGACUGCGGGGAUAAUUCGGAUGAGUUGGGAUGUCAUCACACGAGCACUUGCUCCGCGAUGACUAAAGGAGGUUGUGAACAUCACUGCAUGAAUUUGACCGAUGGUGGGUACAUUUGUGCGUGCUAUCCUGGGUUUAUUAUCGAUGCGGAGAACAAGAAGCACUGUUUGGACAUAGAUGAGUGCGCCACGGGAACGCACAAGUGCUCGCAGAUGUGUAUGAAUAUGAAUGGAACGUACGCGUGCUCGUGCCGAGAUGGAUUCCGGCUGGUGGACGCGAUUUCUGGUGAUUGUAAAGCAUUGAAGGACGACGUUUUGGUGGUCUUCAGUAGUGGUUCUGAGAUUCGAGCUUAUGAUUUGAAGGUCAACGAUCAGUUCAAUGUUAUUGGUGGGGAGAAACGAAUUGAGGCUCUGGAUUAUAAUCCAGAAACGCAGAUGAUCUUCUGGGCUGAUAGUUACGACAAAACGAUCAAACGAAGCUACAUGGUAAAUGCCGUCAAUGGGGAGGCCAAGAUCGGCUUUGCACAGGAUUUGAACAUGAAGGGUAACUCCAAGCCAACAGCGUUGGCAGUCGAUUGGGUGGCGGAUAAUUUGUACUGGGCGGAAACGGAUCGCACAGGUUCGAAGCCCCGAGGUAGAAUUAUGGUUGCCAAAACCGAUGGACGGUAUAGAAGAGCGCUGGCUAACGCUGGACUGGAGGUUCCUACUUCGAUCGCUGUGGAUCCCCAACUGGGCCGUAUGUUCUGGGCCGACGCGGGUUCCGCGCCGAAGAUCGAGGUAUCCUGGAUGGAUGGCUCGAAACGGCGUCCCUUGAUUACGGAAGCUAUUCGUCAUCCCGCUGGGCUGACGAUCGACUACUCCCAGGAUCAUAUGGUUUACUGGGUCGACACCAAACUAAACACGAUCGAGGUCAUGAAACCGGACGGUUCGAUGCGGAAGGCGAUUCUGAAGGGAGAGAUACUGAAACAUCCGGUUUCGCUGGAUGUUUUCGAAUCCUACCUGUACUGGAUCACGAGGGACACCGGCGAGCUGCUGAGGCAGGACAAAUUCGGCCGGGGAGUGCAAUUUGCCGUACAGAGGAGCCUCGCUAAUCCGUCCAGCUUAAAGAUUUAUCACGAGCUUCGCUACAACACCUCGCUAAACAACCCCUGCUUCAAAAAUCCUUGCUCCCACCUGUGCCUGCUGGUUCCCGGCGGCAGACGGUGCUCGUGUCCGGACAAUACAGUCCAACAGGUGUCCCACCGCAGUACAGCGGAGGUCAUUUGUGAUGCACCCGCUGAACGGCCACGUCCAGCCCCACGGGUGUGCCCCUGCCAGAAUGGUGGCCUCUGCAAGGAGGAUGACACCGGCAACGAUCUGAUCUGCGCCUGUCUGCCAGAAUUCAGCGGACCGCACUGUGAACUGUACAGCGAGUGGAUGCUGGGCUCCAGUCCAGGAAGUGCCACUGCCAUCUACAUCCCGAUACUGGUGGCAAUCCUCAUUGCAGGAACCAUCGGGGCGUACUUCAUCAUAAAGAAGAGGCCAUUCGGCAAACCUAGCCUAACAUCAUCGCAAAGUGUCUCCUUCCGGCCGGGCACGAAUGUGGAGUUUAACUCGCCCGAGUUCCCAUCGGGUCGACCGCCUACCGGUGUGCUACCGGCGGGCGGAGGAGUAGCUCCUCUGGACGGCUACAGCUUGGACACUCUGGGCAACAAAACUACCGAUUUUAGCAAUCCAAUGUACGAUGCGGUUCAGUCGGGCACGACGGAUCCGAGCAUCGGCAACGGUUCAGGAAUCUACGAGGUUCCUUCAGAUGUGACGGCAAAGGGCACCAAGCUUGCCCCGAACAGUGGUCCCUUCACGGAACCGGUUUCGGCCAUCCUGGCGCCCAGCAGCAUAACGCAUCGUACGUCCCCGCAGCUGCAUCUGCGGCCGAAGGAACUCAGUCCGUCGUCCCACGAUACUGGCAAGGACACACAGCUGCUGGUGGAAGAGGAAGAGGACAAGUCAGAGUGCUAGAGAGGACGUAAGCCCAAACAUACACAUACGAGACGUACAUACCAACACACAAGCAGAAGCUGAACAAACCGUACACGACACAAACAACACAAACAAGAAGAGUAAUAUUUUUUAUUGGAGCCAAGCUCAAGCGAAGCGAUUUAUGUGACGGGUGCGACAUCUACCAGCACCCAAGUUAAUCCACUGAAACAUUCCUGGGUUGAGAGUUUUCUUUCAUAUAUUUAUGUACACGAAAAAGUGUGGUACGAUGAAGAAAUAAACUGAUAAGCAACACAUUAGUAAUGGGGUAAGUUUGUAAAUGAAAAAAAAAAAAACAGUUUUGAAAAGCGUUUGUACAUAGACUCUAAAUGUAGUAUCGUUAAUUUUUUUAAAGAAUACUAUUUAUAUUCGGAAGAAAAAAAAACAAUUUCAAGCAAGACACACGCACACCUAGAGAAGAAAUGAAACCUACUUUUAAUCGAACUAUUUAAAAAAAAAAAUGUUAACACAAACUUCAUGGUCCAAGAUAUCGAAAUUUUAAUACUUGUUAUGCAGUACAUAAUUGCUUUUAUACAAAAAAAAGGGUAAUAUUUGAUGACUGAUUGUGCAAUCGAGAGAGAGCGAGCGAAAAUGAUGAUAUUGUUUGAACUGUUAUUUACCUAAUUGCGAGCUCCACUCCUAAUAGAGAGAAAAAACAAGCGGAAGAGGGAGUUCGAACGAACAAAUGUGAAACACUUCUAAUAGGAGAGAACGUAUAUUUAUCAGAAAGGUGAUAUUUUCAUAUGAAUAUAAAAAAAAACUAUCCUACUAUUAACAGCGAUCUGCUCACAAAACCAGAACUAUACACACACUUUGCAUACCUACCCAAUACCAGUCUGAAGUAGUGAAGGUAAAUCCGUCCAAAAUGAAGUAAACAUUCCAGUAUAUGUGGUAAAUUCUUUUAAACAAAAAAAAAGACGGAACUAAAACUAGUAUUGACACAAAACACCAGAACCGAUGGAGAAAAAAAAAGUAUUACUCACUUGUUGACAGUUGACUGCUAAAAGGAGUAUUAUUUUACACGUUUGUGCUCAGUUCUGAGGCCAAAAAAACGAAAGAGAAAACAAUCGUAACUGAAAGUGAUUUCCUAAUUUAACUAAAAGCAAUCAGCACGCACACCCACACGCGAGCGAAAAAAAACGUAGCAAGCGUAGUAAACUAGGUGGAAAAGUGCGAAGCGAAAGCUUUGAAAAAAUUGCAACAGAUUUGCGUUCGUUUGUUAGAACCUUGCUUGCUGCUGUGUAAACUAAUAAGAAAACAAAAUUUAAGUCGGUGGAAAUGAAAAGGAAAAAGUGUUUUCACACCGGGUGUGGUGAGUAGAAACAUAUAAAUAUACCGAGAACAUACGCGCAAGCAGAUUUGAUCCCGCUUCCCACUCCUCUGGCGGGGAAGAGAAGACGGGUGUUUCUGCUUGACAAACAGUCGCAGACAGAGUAAGAGCAGAGGGCAGAGAUAAUUAUUUUAAAGAACUGUUUUAAAUAAAACUAUUUUAAAGAUA